UGUCGGGUGGGUAGGUCUUCUGAAGAUCAUAGCGAGCACGACUGUACAGGUGUAAGGAAAAGUUUAGAGGAGAUCCACAUGAAAGGUGGAGAUGCAGUAUUGAUGUUGAUCCUUCUUUGCCAAUCCUACAGAAUCAAUCUGGAAGAGGAAUACUGGAUUGAGAAGUAUAAUGUUGUCGCUGAAAGAUUCAAUUUCAAGAAAUAUGACAAGGAAUCCAGUCUUGUCAAUUUAGAGAAAUACCGACCAGCUCUAAAACUUGACCUUCCUGUAGUCAGUUUUUCAAGUGAUUUAUUUAGGCACACCAGUUUUCUCAGAUUUGCAGACGAUCCUAAAUUUGUGGACGUUUUUCUGACUUGCGCAGAAAAAGACAACGUAGCUGAAUACUGUAGAUCAUGGCUUUACCCGAAGAAGGACGGGGAAAUAUUUUGUUGGUUAUUACCACGACACACAAGGCAAUUGAUAGACAGGCUUGGAGAGGAUAUUUAUACACACCCAACACUUGACGACCCUAUUGUGAACGAAGUAGUGUUGGGCUAGAGUAGACUGUUAUUAUGAUAAUGUAAUCGAGAAUGCUCAGCUGUUUUAGUGUCAAAUGUGAACACAGAACAAUCCAAACGUUUGUGAACUUUUUAGGCAGCCCCUGAAAUCAUCAGAUAUUGUCGUCAGCUAACGCAAUUUGUAAAGGGGCAGUGGUCAACAUGUAUUGUUGAAUGAUCUUAUCUAAUUAGAAUCGUAUUUUUAAACAGAGUCAUAUUUGGACUGAGUAUAAUAUUUUACAUCAUUAGAAAUUUGUAAUAAUGAAAACUUGUUCAACCGAUUCAUUGGAGGAGGUGAUUCAGAAAUCACAUAUUGGUUUUCGUUUAGAUUAUAUUAAAAUUAUACAUAAUUAACUUUUGUCAUGAGGUUAUUCAAAACAAUGUACACCCUGAAGUCAUUAAACCAUGUUGGUCGGUGUCCUUUGAGAAAAAAUGUUAUGACUUAAAAUAUUUCUCUGUACUUAUUUGAUUUCUUAUGUCAGCAAGGGAUGUUACUCCUCCAUGGCAUCUGAUCCUAAUUCACCCCACAUAGCAUCCAAACUUAACUCACCUCCAUGUCAUCUGAUCUUACUUCUUUUGUCCAAUAAAAAAGUAUUUUUAUUUCAUUCAUUAUAAUUCAGCAACCCAGU